GCCGAGUACACUGAGAGUCUGGUUCCCGAGAACUGAAAGCUAGAAGCAGGUGCCAUGCAGUACACCGGGAGCAGAUACAUCGGGGAAUAUGUAAACGGGAGGAUGGAAGGCAAAGCCGAAUACAUCCUCCCUACUGAGACAAGAUAUGUUGGGGACAUGAAGGAUGGCAUGUUUCAUGGCGAAGGAACCCUGUACUUCCCCAAUGGAAGCCAAUACGAUGCCAUUUGGGAUAAGGGAUUGGUCAUCAAGGGCACCUACACCUUCUCAGACGGGCUGCAGUAUGAGCCUAAGAACUGGCAUUACUGUGACAGCUAUGAUCGGAGGUUCUACACGGAGAUUUGCAAUGGCUUGAAGCCUGCAGGUAUCUCUCAACUCACCAACAUGGACCCACCUAGAAAAAUCCCUGAAGGCUGUUAUGAUUGUGGAGAUGGGUUCUAUGACCCGGUCACGAGGAUAAUCAAGGACUACAGGAAUCGCUACCUGAGAAGUGCAGAUGAUGACGAGCAUGAGUGGAUCAUCCGGACCUGUCGGAAGGGCUAGAAUGAGACUAUGGGUCACAGGCC